AUGGAAGAGAAUCCAAGCGUGGAUCUGCCUGGAGCUGGACCAGCCCAGGGUGAGGUGGGGAGCCCAGCAGAGCAUCCUGUGCACCAAGAGGCCACCCAGGAAGCAGCUGGGCACCAAGUGACAAGCAGGUGGCCUGAGACAUCCUGCAAACCAGAGGAGGACUCUUCAGUGUGUGAAUCAGCUGCUGAUGAGGGAGAGACAGCACUGUUGGGUUCACCUGAUCCCACAGUAGAGGAGAAAGCUGCCCAGGAAACUGAAGUAUUGCCAGAAGAGUCUGACAAGACAAGAGAAGAUGUCUUGGAAAGACACCUGGAAAAAGAGGACUUGGAUCAAGCUGGGCUGGGCCACGAGAAUGUGGAAAGCAAAGGAGACAGUCCUGUCCUCCAGGAAACAUGGGAGCACCAGUGGACAACUGGGCAGUGUGAAAGCCUCUCUGAGGCAGAGGAAGAUGCCUUGUCAGCAAGCAAGGCACAGAGCUCUGACAGUGAAAUGACACGUUUGGAUGUGACUGGCAUGGAAGGUGUUCCCAGUGGCCUCAUGGCAGAGAAGAGCAGCAGUGCCACUCUCCCAGACUGGGAGCCAAAGAUGCCCAGAGAGCAAGAAACACAGGAGAGCAGGUCCCAAGGCACACUAAGGAAAAGACCAACAGGGGACACAGCCCCAAACCCAGAGACUCAGUCUUCCUUGCAGAACAUCACCACCCAAAACACAGAGCAGGAGAAGGCCAAAAAGUCCCUCCCAUGGAAAGGUGAGGAAAAGAAGCUUCCCUUGCAUGUAACUCAUCGACCAGAAGGCACUGAUCCUCCAGGAGCAAGGCUUUUCGUCGUGGGCCUCGCGGUGCUCGGCUUCUGCAUAUUCUGCUUCGGCAGCCCGACCUCCAGCUCCCAGCAGCCCCGCAAGAACCCCGCGGUGGAGGCGUUCCUGUCCCAGUUUGACCAGCUGCAGCACGGGUUCCCGGGCCAGAGCCCCAACCUGUGGCUUCGUGGGCGCAAGUUCCUGCAGAAGCACCUGAACGCGUCCCAGCACACGCAGCCGGCCAUCAUCAUCCUCGCGGCCGCCCGCGGCGCCGAGCGGACCCUGCGCUGCCUCGGCGCCCGCGUGGCCGACUCGUACUCGGCCGCCCUGCACGGCAGCACGGUGCAGAUCCAUGGCGGGGAUAAAGCCAGGCUCCACAGCGACCAGGCUAAGCUGGAGGUGGACUUGGAGCUGAGCUCGGCGUUCGAGGCCGGGGGCCGAGCCGCGGUGAUCCACCGCUUCGAGCUGCUGCCCGCGGGGGCCACCCUCAUCUUCUACAAGUACUGCGACCACGAGAGCGCCGCCUUCAAGGACGUGGCCCUGCUUCUGACGGUGCUGCUGGAGGAGGACACGCUGGAGAGCCACGUCAGCCUGCAGCAGGUGGAGGAGAGGGUCCGUGACUUCCUCUGGGCCAAGUUCACCAGCGCCAGCGCCCCCAGCUCCUACAACCACAUGGACUCUGACAAGCUGAGCGGGCUGUGGAGCCGCAUCUCCCACCUGGUCCUGCCCGUACACCCAGUGCAGAGCAUCGAGGAGGAGGGCUGCUGUGCCAAACGCUAG